CUGAGAGGAGCCACCACAACAAAACUUCUCCAACAAUCAAGCAAGUGGAACUACAGACUGACUUCUGUCCUUCUCUCCCCGCAUGGCUGCUGGGUUCCUAGAAAUAUAACUGUAGUAUAAAGUUUUGCUGGCGGAGGCAGAGGGGGGUCUCCGCUUGGAAAGAUGGACCAUUUAAUAAGGAACAGGUCGCGCAGGAAAAUACCGCUAUUUGUUUAUAUCCUGCUUCACAUAACGACGACACAUGCAGCUGAUCCCAUUGACGUUCUGCAAGUGCUACAGCUGUCAGAGAACAUGGAGCGGGUCUCCUUGGAGGCCGGUCUCUGUACCAGCAGGAAAGGUUUGGAGGAGUCGGACCUGGCCUACAAAAUAGACAAAAACAUCCAGCUCAGUGCUCCCACCAAACAGCUCUUCCCUGAUUCCACAUUUCCUGAGAAUUUUUCCGUGAUGGCUACAGUAAGAGCUAAAAAAGGCUCCCAGUUCUUCCUGCUUUCAGUGUACGAUGUCCAGGGGGUGCAGCAGCUGGGGCUUGAAGUGGGUCGUUCUCCUGUCUUCCUAUAUGAGGACCAGCAUGGGCAACCCGCACCAGAAUUGUACCCAAUCUUCAAGAAAAUCAACCUGGCUGAUGGAAAAUGGCACAGGAUAGCCUACAGUGUGCAGGGCAAGUCUGUGACCCUGUACUUAGACUGUCAGAGAAUAGAAACACUGGAUCUGCUGCGAGGAGACAACGCUGUAGUCAGCACAGAGGGUGUCACUGUAUUUGGAAGACGGCUGCUUGACGAAGAAGUAUUUGAGGGAGAUAUUCAGCAACUACUGAUUUUGGAGGACGCCAAUGAUGCUGCCGAUUACUGUAUAAACUACAUACCAGACUGCGACUUUGAUUUGCCCUACACCAGCAAAUUGCCAACUGUUCACGAGAAAUCCCGACUUGCGUCUGAAGCCUUGAUGCAAAGUGACCAGCCUGAUGAACAAAAGGAGCAGUCCAAAAAGGACAAGAAAGACAAAAAGAACAAAAAGAAGAGAGACAAGGGCUCUAAGGGCAAAGGCAAAGGCAAGGGCAAGAAGGGAUCCAGAAAGAAAAAACAUGAAGAAGAGGGUUUUGAAGAUGGCUUUCUCAGAGUGUCCACAACACUACCAGAGUAUCUAUCCCAAGAACCUUUUCAGCCUACAGCCUUUCCAGAAACUAAAGACACCUUAGAGGCUUUCAUCCCCAUGGAAGUAUUCGACAAAACCCUCAUGGAGAUGCCCACACAUGAACCUGACUCUACAGCUGAGGCCAGCACGCUGGUGCCCAGUGCACUGACUGAAUCAAAGGUCACUGAGGAGGAGGACAAGCCAGUGAAGGAGCCAGUAAUGGAGGAGCAUGGAGAGGACCUUUACGGAGACCUCUACGAUGAUCUCUCAAUUUCCACGGUAACAGUGGGCCCGAAUGUAACAGAUUAUGAGGUUCUUGAUUAUGAGUAUUACAAGAAUGACACAGAGCCAGAGUAUGAAGAGUAUGAAGUAUACGAGGAAGGCUUUGACUUUGCAGAGCGGGAAAGAGCAGAGACAUGGGAUGCAGAGGUUGAACUCAGAGCAGAGAAAGGCCAGAAGGGAGAGCCAGCUAUUAUGGAGCCGGGCACAAUAGCAGAAGGACCCCCAGGACUACCAGGACCACAGGGGCUCUUCGGCCCAGCUGGACCAACAGGUCCUUCAGGACCCAGUGGAGAUCCUGGUGAAUUGGGCCCCCCAGGACGUCCUGGUAUUGCUGGGGUUGAUGGGAUUCCGGGUCCUCCAGGAACCCUGUUAAUGCUACCAUUCCAGUAUGGAGGUGAUUCUCAGAAGGGACCAGUGGUGUCUCCACAGGAGGCACAGGCCCAGGCUAUCCUGCAACAGAGCCAGCUGUCACUGAGGGGACCUCCAGGUCCACUGGGUCUUUCAGGGCGACAAGGCCCAGUGGGACUUCCAGGAUCCACUGGGCUCAAAGGAGACCGGGGAGACAAUGGCCCCCCUGGAUCAGCAGGGUUGCCAGGCCCUCAAGGAAUUAAUGGAAAGGCUGGAAAGAGGGGGCGCGCAGGAGCAGAUGGCGGCCGUGGAGCGCCAGGUGAAACAGGUUCUAAGGGUGACAGGGGUUUUGACGGCCUGCCAGGUCUCUCAGGAAAUAAGGGACACAGAGGGGACAGAGGAAAGCCGGGCCCUCAUGGGCCUGUCGGAGAGCCAGGAGAAAGGGGAUCUGAUGGACCUGUUGGGCCAAGAGGGCAACCAGGCGAACCUGGCUCUCGGGGUCUUGUCGGACCAAGGGGGCCACCUGGCCAGCCUGGCCAGUCGGGUAUUCUUGGAAUGGAUGGAGUACAAGGGUCCAAGGGCAACCUGGGUGCAGCUGGAGAGAUAGGGCCCCCAGGUCAACAGGGAAAUCCAGGAGUACAGGGCUUGUCUGGUGCUCAGGGUCCCAUCGGAUUGCCAGGGGAGAAGGGUCCGCAGGGUAAUUCAGGCAUGCAGGGACUACCAGGCAUUGAUGGUCCUACCGGUCACCCAGGAAGAGAGGGUCCCACGGGAGAGAAAGGCAUCCAAGGUUUACCAGGUGCUCAGGGACCUGUUGGGUACCCAGGGACCCGUGGAGUCAAGGGAGCGGAUGGAAUUAGGGGUCUAAAGGGGGGCAAAGGAGAGAAGGGAGAAGACGGCUUCCCUGGGUCAAAAGGUGACAUGGGAAUCAAGGGAGACAGGGGUGAUAAUGGAGUUCAAGGUACCCGUGGAGAGGAUGGACCAGAGGGGCCUAAGGGCCAGUCAGGACCCUUGGGAGAAUCAGGAUCGAUCGGAAUAGCUGGAGAGAAGGGUAAACUUGGUGUGCCUGGAUUGCCGGGAUACCCAGGAAGACAAGGUCCUAAGGGAUCACUUGGCUUCCCUGGAGGGGCCGGUGUCUCAGGAGAGAAAGGACGAAGGGGUCCGGCUGGUCAGGCCGGGACUGGGGGCCAAAGAGGUCCUAAUGGAGCCCGGGGGGGAAGAGGAGCAAGGGGGCCCACUGGAAAGCCGGGAGAAAAGGGUUCUGUUGCACAAGAUGGUCCUCAAGGAUCACCCGGAGAACAGGGCCCCCAAGGACCCCAGGGAAGAAAUGGCGAACCAGGAACAAAAGGGCCUAAUGGUCUACCAGGCAAAGAUGGAUUACCAGGUCAUCCAGGCCAGAGAGGGGAACCAGGCUUCCAAGGCAAAAAUGGACCCCCCGGUCCCCCAGGUGUUGUUGGACCACAGGGCAAAUCUGGUGAGACAGGACCGACUGGAGACAGAGGCCAUCCAGGUUCACCGGGACCACCAGGUGAACAUGGUUUACCAGGAUCUGCCGGAAAGGAGGGCGCCAAGGGAGACCCAGGUCCAUCAGGAGCUGCAGGGAAAAGUGGUUCUGCAGGGCUACAAGGCUUCAGAGGGAGCAGAGGGACCACUGGUGCAAUGGGUCCUGCAGGUCUGAAGGGGGGAGAGGGUCUACCUGGUGUUGCAGGACCUGUUGGUGCCACUGGGGAGAGGGGCCCCGCUGGGCCGGCUGGUGCUAUUGGCCAGCCAGGAAGGUCUGGUGGAGUGGGUCCUGCUGGGCCGAUGGGAGAGAAAGGCGAGCCAGGAGAGAAGGGGCCUGUGGGGCCUGCUGGGAGUGAUGGGGAACAAGGACCUCUUGGGUUGCCAGGUGCUGCUGGAUCUCUUGGACCUCCUGGAGAGGAUGGAGACAAGGGCGAGACAGGAGCAUCAGGCCAGAAGGGCGGCAAAGGAGACAAAGGAGAAUCUGGGCCACCUGGACCUGUUGGAAUCCAAGGUCCUGUGGGCCAACCAGGACUGACAGGUGCAGAUGGUGAGCCAGGUCCUCGUGGGCAGCAGGGCAUGAACGGGGCGAAAGGAGAUGAAGGACACAGAGGAUUUAAGGGGGCAUCUGGUCCUUCUGGACUACAGGGAAUGCCAGGACUACCAGGGGACAAAGGAGAGAACGGGCAUGUUGGCUCAAUGGGGCCUCCAGGACAGCAUGGCCCACGGGGACCUCAGGGGUCAAGUGGUGGAGAGGGCCCACCUGGAAUAACUGGUGGAGUUGGUCAGCCUGGACUUGUUGGAGAGAAGGGAGAGGAUGGGGAAGCUGGAAACCCUGGGUCAGUUGGAGAGACCGGCAUUGUUGGUGGUAAAGGCGAUGUGGGGGAAAAGGGUGACUCAGGCCCACCUGGUGCAGCUGGGCCUCCAGGACCCAGAGGAACACCGGGAGAUGACGGACCCAAAGGCAACCUUGGCCCAAUUGGAUUUCCUGGAGAUUCAGGUCCCCCUGGAGAAGCUGGCGUCAAUGGAGUAGAUGGUGGCCCUGGGCCUAAAGGAGACAAUGGAGAACCCGGCAAAGCAGGACCUCUAGGAGCCUCUGGAGAGCCAGGUCCUUCAGGACCUCCUGGGCGGAGGGGUCAUAUAGGUCCCGCAGGAAAAGAAGGGAAGCAGGGCAUGAAGGGAGCCAAGGGGACGUUAGGAGACCAUGGUCCUUUGGGGAAGACAGGCCCAGUGGGACCCCAAGGGGAGCCAGGGAGGUCUGGCCCAGAAGGUCUUCGAGGUAUCCCAGGCUCUGCGGGUGAGCAAGGUUUAAAUGGGCCACCAGGACAAACUGGACCACCAGGACCAAUAGGGCCACCAGGACUCCCAGGUUUAAAAGGAGACCCUGGAAACAAGGGAGAUAAAGGUCAUGGAGGGUUGAUCGGUCUAAUUGGACCCCCAGGAGAACAUGGCGAGAAGGGAGACAGAGGCCUGCCAGGGAACCAGGGGAGCCGAGGGACUAAGGGAGAUGAGGGUGCAGGCGGCACUCCUGGUCCCACUGGCCCACUGGGACCACCUGGACUGGCAGGUGCAGCUGGUGAGAAAGGAUCGAAGGGAGAAAUAGGUCUCGUUGGCCCCAGAGGAGAUACAGGCAGAAUUGGCCUCCCAGGACCCCCAGGACCCCCUGCAACAAUGAUUGAGCCCCUGCCCAUCAGGGAGGGCAGGCGAAAGAAACGAAGGCACUCGGAUCGGGCAAGAGGAGGCGCUUCAUCCAAGGAGGAGGAUGUGGAGCUGGAUAUGGAGGAGUUCCUCCAAGGAGAUCAGCCUCUGGAGGAUGCUGAGGGAAUGGAAGAAGUAUUUGCCACCCUGUCUUCCAUGAAAACAGAGGUGGAGAUAAUGAGAAGACCCCUGGGUACAUUUGAGAGCCCUGCCAGAACCUGCAAAGAGCUAAUGAUGGUCCAACCUGACUACAAAGAUGGAGACUACUGGAUUGAUCCUAACCAGGGCUGUAACCGAGACUCCAUCAAGGUCUACUGUAACUUCACAGCUGAUGGAGAGACAUGUCUCUACCCUGACAAGAGGAUUGAGAAUGUGAAAUUAGCAGCAUGGAACAAAGAGAAGCCUGGAAGCUGGUUCAGCCAAUACAGGAGAGGAAAGCAGCUCUCCUACAGUGACAGGGAUGGGAACCCUGUGCAUGUAGUUCAGCUGACCUUCCUGAAACUAUUAAGUGCCACAGCCAAGCAGAGCUUCACCUAUACCUGCCAGAACUCAGCCGGCUGGUUUGACAGCACUUCCCGCUCUUACCAGCUUGCCCUCCGCUUCCGGGGCAGCAAUGAUGAGGAGCUGACACAAGCCAAAAGCCUCUUCAUUAAUGCAGUGCAUGAUGGAUGCCAGGUCCGUAAAGGUCAGGAAAGGACUGUUCUGGAGAUCGACUCCCCCUCGGCAGAGCUCCUCCCUAUUAUAGAUGUGGCUCCAGUAGACUUUGGCAAGAGCAACCAGAAGUUUGGGUUUGAAGUUGGACGAGUAUGCUUCAAUGGUUAACAUCUUGCCAACCAGAAACAACAAAAAAAAGACCUGCAUAGCAAGUUUUACUAAAAGAAAAUGGACUUGAACUGCUUCCCCAGCAAUAUUUAUUAUAUCAUGCUCCUGUAUGUGUUGGGUUUGUGGUAUAUUAAUUUAAGACUUUUCCGUGGCCAAUGAAAUAGGUUCUAUGGCUUUACAACAAUAAGAAGAGAGGCAAGAAAGAGGACAUGUACCAAUGGGAACAAAGCACAUUUACCAAAGGGAAAUAUUUCCAAUUUGAUAUAUUUAAUUUUAAGUGUUUUUCUUUUCUUUUUUCUCACUGUUGUGCUUUAAUUUAUCCUUUAGAAUAAUGAGGACCGCACCACUUUACAAUGACCACUUAUCAAGACAACUAACAAGACAAAUGUGUCCGAUAGCAGUAAAGAACAGUCUGUCACUCUGUGUAUGGGUCUGUUAAGUGGUACUUUUCAGACCUCGGAUGAACUGGUUGCUACCUAAUGUUUUACAAAGACUGCAAAGGAAUAAAUCAGAGACGAUGUCAUACUCAUUUGCAUGCUCAGAUUUCACUCUAAUGACAAUUGCAUAGCAGUUGUGGCCUAGCCUAGCAUAUUAAUUCCACACAAGCACCAUAAUUAAUUUCCUGCGUGCAAGAAUGAUAAAUUGUCCUUUUUACCCUUCAACUGCAGUUUGCUCAGUGAAUUACCUUGAUUAGUAUUCAAUAGGCAUAGCUAGUUAUUGAACCCGACACUUACUUGAAAGGAUACAUUUGUUUCCUUUAUUUGACUGGUUUCCUCUAUAGGUUUAAUUAUAAGCUUUUUGAGCCAUCCAUGUUUAUAAGGACUACAGUACUAUAUAUGUCAGACUAAAAUCCUUUCUACUGUGCUAUACUUGCAAUUACAUACCAGAGCAUCAAGGUUUUGGGAUUUUUCAGGGCAAGAAUUAAGAGCAUGCUAAUUAAAACUGUCUCUAGACUUAACUGCACUUCUUUAUUCUUUAUAAGACAUUUCACGCAUCUCUUGAAAGCAUUUUAUAACUGCUGACAUAUUUUUUUUUUCGCUUUUACGCCACACUCAGAGGCUUUUGUAUCUCAGUUUUGUUCAUAUGUUUACAUUUUGACAGUAUGUUGCCAUUAAUUUGACAUGAUUUGCUCUUCAGUGGUGCUAAAGACGAUUCUGUUCAUUUUGUGUCCCUGUGUUUGUGUCUUUGUGGGCAGGAUUAUAGGACUAGAGCGGGAGAGGGUUAUUGCUCUUUCAGCAGGAAACACCCUCAGAGACUGGGGACUAGUCUACUGUGUUUUUGUUCUGGCGGAUUGUGCCAAUGUCACAGGGCCAGUAAAAGGAGGUUGGGCACAAUUCAGAGCAAUGUGGUUGAUAGCUUUAAAAGGUAAAAUGUAUCCUAAACCACAUUUAUAUCAUGCCAUUCCACAAAAAAGGGUUGCAUAACAAAAUGCAGUUGUAGUCUAGUCCAUGUUUGGUACUUAAACAAAGGAAAAGAUGACAAAACAAACAACAAAAUAUAUCGUUGUUUUUCAGAAAUUAUAGAGCUGAGAACCAAAUAUUCUUAAAUUACUGUAGGUGCAAUUAUAAUGCCAUUUUAUUCCUUUAUUCACGGCCUCUCAAACAGCUCCAUGAUUUGUUUUUAGAUUAUCUUUUAACUACCGUUUGUUCCACAUUUCGUCCUUAACAGAGACUUCUUCAAAUAUACAAAUGGAGCUGUCAAUUUUACAACAUUUACAUAUAAAUGUGAAUCCUAUUUCAUGAAAGAUAUUCCCUUUAGCAAAUGAAAUCUUAAUGCUCAGUCUACCUCCUCCGUCUUUAACAGUAGACCGUGUGCCCAGUAUGUGUAAUUUAGCAAAAUGCUGCCAUUGUAAUAUUUGUUUCACUGCAUUUAAAUAUUCCAGUAAUGAACUCCUCUCCUUCGGUCUGAUCCUGCUCUGUUCCUCCUGUGAAUAGUGUUUGUUGUACUAAUUUUAUAUACUGUACAGUUAUUCUGAGUUCCUAAUGAGCAGUAACCGGCUGCUUAAAUGAAAAACAAAUUCAUUUGUCAAAAAUUGAUGUGCAAAUAAAAACAAAAAAGAAAUCA